AUGAGGGGAGGCAAGUUCCAGCAGAAGGUGGUGGAGGAUGGCAGCACUCGGAACUCGGAAUCGCUUUUCGAGACGCGUUCUAUCGCGGAUAUCGUUGCGAUCGAGGCGCGCACGAGGAAGGAGGUGGAGGAGAAGAAGGAGGAGCUGCGGCAGCUGGUCGGCGCGAGCUAUCGCCACCUCAUUGAAUCCGCGGAUUCGAUUCUCGACAUGCGCAGGUCGUGCGAGGCUGUGGUACGCAAUGUGGCAGCUAUGGAGUCGGACUUCACGCUGCUGCACAAAACAAUCUCCACAACGGCCACCACCACCCCUGCUGCUGAUGCCAAACGCAAGCGCAAGGAAGCCCUCUAUGCGCUGGGCAGCCGAGUCAAAUAUCUGGUGGACACGCCAGAGAAGAUCUGGGGGUGUCUGGACGAGCGAAUGUUCCUGGAAGCUGCGCAGCGGUUCAUGCGCGCAUGGGAGGUGCACCAGCUGCUGUCGCCCUCCCUGGGCUCAAAAGGAGCAGGAGGAGGAGGAGGAGGAGGAGCAGGAGGAGGAGGGGGAGGGGAUGGCACAGCAGCCGGGGGGUGGCAGGCGCAGCAGCAAGGGUUGAUGGCGUCGUUUCCGCUGCUGCGGCACCAGUGGCCGCUUGUGGAGACGUUUCGCACUCAGAUCGUUGAGAGGAGCAGGGAGUGCCUGCAUGAUGCAUCCCGCAUUCCGGCAGCAGGUGUGGGAGAGUACGCAGCAGCACUGGCAGCAGUGGCAGUGAUGGAAGAGCUCUCGUCCCACGACCUGCUCUCUCUCUUCCUCGACGCCCGUAGAGCAUGCCUGCGCUCCCAGCUCGCCUCUGCCACCUUAGCUCUGGGCGCUGGGGGGAGUUUUGCUGAUGCGCUAGCAACACUGCUCAGCCAGCUGGUAGCUAUGAUUCAGCUCACGCUGUGCCAGACGGGACAGCUGUUUCUGGAGGUUUCUUCAGCUGAACGAGCAGUGCUGCUGGGGGUGCUGCUGCAGGGAGCACCGCAGGCGCAGCUGUUUGGCGGCAUCCCACGCCCCGACAGGGAGCUGGCCCUCUGGCACACACACAGGGACGCACUAGAGGCGAGGCUCCCGUCUCUCAGCAGCAAGGAGGUGGCAGAGGCGUGCCAAGACUGGCUCAAGGCGUGCGCUGCUGAUAUUGCUGCCGAGUCCAAGAACCUUCUCAGCAGGGUGACCCAGAUCCGCCACCUGGCGCAAGCAGAGGCCGCCACGCGUGCAGCGAUCACCAACAAGGACAUCUUCGCUGCCAGCCUGGACUGGCUGACGUCAGCCUUCGGCUCUCCCCCUGAAUCCCCCUGGCGCGCCCUGUGCGAGCUGCUACUGAAAGAGCCUAAGGACCUAUGGAGCGAGUUAUUUGAGGCCGCGUUCGCACUUAGAGCGCGGGAGAUUAUUGACGAGGCGUUUGCAGGAUUGACGCUGAGGGAGGAGAUUGAUGGGGUGCUGAGGGAGGUUGGGGAUGUGGUGGCUGUGGCAGCGGUGGUUUCAGCAGAGAAUGCUGCUGCUGCUGCUGCUGGUGCUGGUGCUGGUGCUGCUGGUGCUGGCGCUGCAGGUGGUGGUGCUGCUGUUGUUACGGCUGCUGCUCGUGCUAUUGCCAGUGAGAAAGCAGCAGGUUUGGCAGGAGGAGGCAGGAGGUUCGGGGCAGGUUGGGCGACACUACCCCCUCUCACUGACGUUAUAGGCCAAGCAGGGUUUGAAGAGACAGGCGGGUUUGCUGUUGGGGAGGCAGUAUGGGGCAGCCCGGGAGAGGAGUUGGGUGCGGUGGGGCUGGAUGCAGCAAAUGCUGCUGGGAGGUUAUCCGCGCAAGUGGCGGUCGAACAGGCUCUUCUGAUUGGCCGGCUGGCGGCGGCUGUAGCGCAGAGUUCCUCCUCCCUAGCUGUGGCGCUUGGCCCUAGUUCCACCUGGCCGGCUGUAGCGGCAGCUGCUGCCGCUACAGCAGGCGGCUUUACCGCUGCUUCGGCUGAAUCAACUGCUUCUGGAGUAGCCUCAGAAGCUAGAGGAGUGGGAGGGGGUUCAGGCAGGAGGGGUGGGAGGAGAAUGACGGAUCUUGCUGCUGUUGCGGCGAGAUCAGCUGAGUUUGCUGGGCUACAUGAGAUUCAAAGGGAGUUGCGGCGGCUGAGCAUUCUGGCCCACUCGCACUGGGUGACUCACAGCACCCGCCUGCUCGCCUCGGCUUUCCGCCGCAAUCUCAUGCAUGACCCAGCUCUCACCACCGCCACUCCCCUCAAGGUUCGGUUCUCGUUCGUUCGAGUUAGGUUUUCCCUCUCCCCUCGAGGCACGAGCCUUCUUUGGAACCCCAACCACUCUCACCGCCACGCCACCACUCCCCUCAAGGCUCAACUCAAGCCUGCCCCUCUGUACGCCCCACCCUUCCCCUGUGUCUCCCUGCCCUACGUGCCUUUCCUGCAGGGCUGGGAGGAGACGGUGGUGCAGCAGGAGGGGGAGGAGGGCGAGGCCAAGGUGGAGAUGCGAAUGACCCUCCCAGCAUGCCCCUCGCCCUACGUGGCGUCGCUGCUCUUUGCUGCAUCAGCCGAUGUGCACCGUGUGGGCUGCCACUCCCUCGACCGGCUAGUCCUCAGGCUGUUUGCCUGGGAACUAUCAGACCAGGUUCUGGCCGCCUACGAGGCACUUGCCAGCACUAAACGUGCGUCAGAGAAGGGAGUGCUGCAGCUGCUCUUUGACGCGCGCCUGCUGUCAGACGUGCUCUCAGGAGGGGCGGAGUUGCCUCUGGAAGCACUCAGAGCGAUCUCAGGGGCAGCAGCACAAGGGGGUGCAGGAGGGGGAGCAAGAGCAGGGGCAGCAGCGAACAGGGGAGCUGGGGCAGGGGCAGCAGGGGGGGCUGUAGCAAGGGCGGGUUCAGGAGGGGGAGCAGGGGCAGGGGCAGGGGCGGGGAGCAUUGGUGUGUCGGUUGCGGCGAGGAAGAAACGAGUUGCAGCGCUGCUGGAGAAGCUGCAGGAGGAGCUGGACCCCAUCGACAGAGCCGCCUACCUGCCUUUCCUGUGGCAGAACCAGCAGCGUUUCUACCUGCGCUCAGCAGUGCUCUUCGGUCAUUUGGCCCAGCUGCAUCGCCUCUACACCGAUGCUACACCGCGCCAUCCCUACGCCACAGAUGCCAACACCCUGGAUACCGCUCCCACCGUUCCACGCUUCACCUUCCUGCCCAUAAGCUCGCCUCUUCUAGCCAAUGGCGGGCUGGCACCUGGCGGUAAGCCCCGCCGUCCAUCCACCUUUGGAGAUGUCUCGCUAUCCGUUUCUGGUUCCAGCAGCAACAGUGGCGCUCCAGUUUCCCGAGUACCUAGUGGGGCAGGGGCAGGGGCGGCUGCAGCAGCAAGUGGUGUCAGUGGUGGUGGGUUUGGAGGAGUGGGUAGCGGUGCUUGGGGAGAAGAUGGGGCUCUUGGAGGGGCGUUUUCGUUCGCAGAUUCGACGGGGCUUUCUGCUACACCCAUUUUCAAGUCACUUAUGGGUCAGGUCAAACUGGGGUCAAUUCUCGGGGAUGGCAGCCAAGUCACGCGCAACAUUUCAAACCUACAGGAGAUGUUCAACCAGCCGUCGCAGGCAGCUGGGCUGUUCUCAUCACUUACAAGUGCCGCUGCUGGGAGCUCCUCUCGCCUGCAAGAGCUGUUUUGA